ACAACAGCAACAAGAAGCACCCAUAUGAUAAAAAAAAUAUUUAUUAAAAAAAUUUAAAAAAAGUUGCAAAAAUAGAUAUCUGCUAGCAUUAUGUCUAGGACCCUGGAAUUUUGGUCGCAUGUCGUGAGUUCAUCGAGAAUUUUGAACUGCCAGGCGGUGGAGUCGAUUCUGAGCAGAUGCUACACAAAGAAAGCUAGAAAUGAUGGCUGUAGUAGAGCUCAUGUAGACAUCCCACCUCCCGUUGACCCUAACUGUCCACAACCUUGUGAAAGACGGAAAAAGAAAAAGGAAGGUAUAUUACAUAAGAUCAAACUGAAGGUCAUUGAGGGUGGAACUAAUUUUGGAACGCCGUUUCGUCGCCUUGAAUGCAAAGCGGUUUGUACUGAGAAGGAACCUCCACCGAAAGCGUUACCGGAACCGAAGAAGAAACACCCUCCAAUGCCGGAGCCUCGGCCUGGUGUCCAGGUAUCAGUGCUUGGUGCCGAUACGGCUAUAGGACAGUACUUGGCUCUGCUUCUGAAGCAGUGCUCAUGCAUUAAAAAGUUACGUCUCUAUGAAGCGAAAGAUUCUCAGGGUUGCACCCGGGACUUGUGCUCCGUAGUGCAAGAUCUUCAGCAUAUCAACACAAAUUGUCUAGUACAGGCAUUCAGCUGUGCCUGUUACGAACUCGAACGAUGUUUACAGAACUCAGACAUAGUACUGAUACUAGAAAGUGGCUACCUUAAUGUGGAUAUGCCAUUCGAGAAGAGAUUCCUCUACCAAGCGCCGAUAGUGAAGUGCUAUGCGGACGCUAUCGCCAACGAGUGUCCCAAGGCGUUCAUUAUUGUUGGUGCCACGCCGAUUGACUGCAUGGUGCCUUUGAUCGCUGAGACAUUGAAAGAAACAGGCUGGUAUGAUCCAAACAAAUUGCUUGGCUCGUUAGCGGUACCAGAGAUGCGCGCGAGUACUCUCGCCGCGCGCGCCCUCUGCCUGGAACCACGGUACACUAGAGUACCAUGUGUGGGAGGCACAGAAGGAGAUACACUUGUGCCUUUAUUCUCUAAGGCUGUUGAGUACUUCGAUUUUGCUCAGCAUAAUGCUGAAAUGAUGACGGAAGCGGUAAGGAAUGCGCCAGUGGGGGUGUCCAGAUGUGAUGGACCCUGCCAGAGGGCCGGGGAUCUCAGUGAGGCCCAUGCACUCGCUGGCCUGGUGACCUCCGUGGCGCAUGCACUCUUGUGCCAUGACAUUCCAAGAGUGACGGGUUUCGUUGAGACCGACCUUGGACAAGUUAUAUCCCCUGCCAGAUACCUUGCUUCGGACGUACUUCUGGGCCAUAAAGGAAUAUGCAAGAGGCUGAGCUUUCCGCCCAAAUUAAGUUCUUAUGAGAUGAACUUACUGGAUGUGUCCCUAUCGGAAGUAAUAUGUCACUAUAAUAGGGCAAUGGAAUGGUAUCAAUGUAACUUAGAAAAUGCAACCGCCGGUAUGGCAAUGCAGAAGGAAUUCCAUACACCAACAUCUUAUGAACGCAUCCAAGAUUGUGCUAUGUUUUGUACAUAAUAAGUUAAAAAAUAAGCACGUAUGACUAGGGUCUUGUUAGUUCUGUAAAUGUCUAUCGUGUAACGACUGCGUCCAAAAUUGCCGGUAAUUCACGAAUAUUUUCUAUAAAACAACAUAAUUCAUGAGUUUGUUGUUGCUGUCUGAGAAAAGCAUUUUAUAGCGAAUUUCUAAUAAAAGAGUAAAUUGAAAAAAAUUGUAAAGGUGAAUAAAUAAAAAAUACUUCGUUUUUAAAUUAAGAGGCUUUUUCAUCGCUUAGGACAUUACACAGUAAGUAUUAUCUGUGGUCCCUUUCGUGUGAAGAGCACAUCAUAAGCAAAUGAUUUAAUUUACUUCAAUCAAUUUUGGAGUAUAGC